GUCUUUGUUUGCCCAGCUUGCUCGCAUUCCUGAGCUUACCGGCAAUGGCUCAGAACAAACGUCUGUCUAUCUCGAGCGCGAGGAGCGUGGCUGUAAGGUCGCCGUCGCCUAUAGCAGCCAGUGUACCUUCGACCGCGGACUCAGACGAGUGGGUGAAGGCAUGGCAGGGGGUGCUGGCGAAUGACCUUAUUGAUUCGCCUGUUGUGGCCGUGGAUGCCGACACUACGGUCGAAGACGCAUGUGAGCUUCUUCUGUCCAAGGACUUGGCAUGUCUGGCUGUGAAAGCACCAGCGGACCGAUCGUCCUCGAAGUCCCCGUUCGUCGGAUUAUUCGACUUCGCCGACGUUAAUGCCUUCUUGACAUUAGCCGCCACACGACAUACUUUGCACCCAGACUAUCUUCGCGACAAUCCCAGGAUUCACCAAAUCGUGGAAGCUGCAAAGUCAGGACCCGACGUCCCUGUGUACCUCGUCAGCAACCUUUCGGAGAAGAAUCCGCUGGAGAUACUGCCCCACGACGCGACUAUUAUUUCUCUUCUCGGAGUCUUCUGCAAAGGGACGCAUAGAGUUCUCAUUUCUUCACCAUCCUCAUCCACCGAGUUCUUGGGCUUCGUCUCAGACCGCAGCCUUCUGUCCUGGUUCUCUAAACACGCGCAAGAAACACCGUCCUUCGCCAAGUUCAUCUCGAACCCGCUCAACACCCUUUCCCUUCCGUCCAUCAACUUGUAUGUCUCGGUCGUCGCGACGACUUCCACCGCGACACUCUUGGACGCGAUGCGUCUCAUGAGCGACCAAGGAGUCAGUAGCGUUGCUGUUAUCGAAGGGGAGGGGGGCUUCCUGCACAGUGCUAUCAGCGUGACUGACAUCGGCAAGGUUGUGGUACCAUCGCAGAGCCCACAGAUACUGUCUACCCCUCUGCAUCAAGUGAUUAAUCUCAUUAAGGAACCUUAUGGAGCUACGGACGGAAAUGAGAGAUAUCCUGUAUAUUCCGCUUCACCAAACAGUCCUCUUUCCUAUGCUAUUGAGAAGAUCCUCGCUACCAAUUCUCACCGCCUAUUCAUCACCUCUGACUCGACUCGACCCACUUCGCCAGGCAUAUCCGGCAAACCUAACCACGUCUGCGGCAUCGUCUCGGUCGUUGACAUUCUCUCGCUGUUCGCGCGCAUCGCGAACGUACCGGACGUCGACCCGACGCGCAUGCAACGCCACCGCCGCGCAUCUUCCGCGUCCUCCUCACUGUCCUCUCGCUCGUCUAUGUCGGGCAGCGAUGCCUUUGCGAGGUCACGGAGCGGCAGUAGGACUAGCGUCAGCAGCCCGACCAAGAGCGGGACCAGCUUGGAUGGGUCGUUUGUCUGGGCUGACAGGGUGCCUCAGCCGUCUACGGAGAAGAAAUGAAGGACGUAUACGACAGAGGCUCAAACGUCGUCCACCUAUGGAAGACUGUAUUACUUCAUACUAUUGAAUAAGCUUGUGGUUGUAAGAUAUAAUGUUGCAGAAGUGUAUAUACCAGUGUAUUCCACC